GAGAAGCAGAAGCUCCGCUCUGGUCGGCAGUCCACGCCUCCGCGCUGCUACAGUGUUGUUGGAGAAGACAAACAGGAGCUGCUCGCAUCGAGUUACCUUCAAAACGCAGGAGAUGCCAUGAAGAGGAAUGUAAGACUGAUGUAAUCAAGAGAUAAACUUUAAGAAAAUGAUGUCCCAAGGGAGCUCAAGUACUCAGCAAAUGUUGUCUGAUGGUCUCCACACUGACGAAGAUCAUGAAAGAAUGCAAAAUUGCACAGCCAAGGAAAGAACUCACUCCUGCUCUGAGUGUGGGAAGACUUUUAAAGAUGCAAGUUCCCUCAAAAUACACCAGCGCAUCCACACUGGAGAGAAACCGUAUGAUUGUACAGACUGUGGGAAACGUUUCACUCAACAGUGUAAUCUCCAGAAACACCAGCGCAUCCACACAGGAGAGAAACCGUUUCGCUGCUUAGAGUGUGGGAAGAGUUUUAAAGAUGUCAGUUCUCUCAAAAUACACCUGCGAAUUCACACAGGAGAGAAAAGAUAUCACUGCUUAGAGUGUGGAAAGAGUUUUAAAGAAGGGGGUACCCUCAGAACACACCAGCGCAUUCACACUGGAGAUAAGCCGUAUGUCUGCUCAGAUUGUGGGAAACGUUUUACUCAGUGGAUUGUCCUGCAAAGACACCAGCGCAUUCACACAGGAGAGAAACCGUAUUACUGCUCAGACUGUGGGAAAAGUUUUACUGUACAGAGUAAUCUGCUUAGACAUCAGCGCAUUCAUACAGGAGAGAAACCGUAUUACUGCACAGAGUGUGGAAAGAGUUUUACUCGACAGAGUCACUUUCAAACACACCUGUACAUCCACACAGGAGAGAAACCGUUUCAGUGCUUAGAGUGUGGGAAGAGUUUUAAAGAUGGUGGUACCCUCAAAACACACCAGCGCAUUCACGCAGGAGUGAAACCGUAUGUCUGCUCAGAGUGCGGGAAGAGCUUUACUCGACAGAAUCACCUCCAAAAACAUCUGCGUGUCCACACAGGAGAGAAACCGUAUCACUGCCCACAGUGUGGGAAGAGUUUUACUCAACAGAAUCAUCUGCAAACCCAUCAGCGCAUUCACACAGGAGAGAAACCGUAUCUGUGUGCAGACUGUGGGAAGAGUUUUACUGUUGCGAGUAAUCUCCAUAUACACCAGCGCAUUCACACAGGAGAGAAACCGUAUGAUUGCUUAGAGUGCGGAAAGAGCUUCACUCGACACAAUCAUCUCCAAAAACAUCUGCGCGUUCACACAGGAGAAAAACCGUAUCACUGCUCAGAGUGUGGGAAGAGUUUUACGGCACAAAGUAGUCUUCAGCUACACCAGCGCACUCACACAGGAGAGAAACCAUAUGAUUGCUUAGAGUGUGGGAAGAGUUUUAUUCAGCAGAGUAGUCUCCAAAAACACCAGCGUGUUCACACCGGAGAGAAACCGUACACUUGCUCAGAGUGUGAGAAGAGUUUCAGGCAUUUAAAUACUUUAAAGACACACCAGCGCAUCCACACAGGGGAGAAACCGUAUGACUGUCCAGACUGUGGGAAGAGUUUUACUCAGCAGAGUAGUCUCCAAAAACACCAGCGCACUCACACAGGAGAGAAACCCUAUCACUGCUUAGAAUGUGGGAAGAGCUUUACAGGUAGAGGUAUCCUCAGAACACACCAGCGAAUUCACACAGGAGAGAAACCAUUUGUCUGCUCAGAGUGUGGGAAGAGUUUUACAGAUGGAAGUAUCCUCAAAACACACCAGCGAAUUCACACUGGAUAUAAGCCAUAUAAUUGCUCAGAGUGUGGGAAGAGUUUUACUCAGUGGAAUAUCCUCCAAAGACACCAGCGUAUUCACACAGGAGAGAAACCGUUUGACUGUUUAGACUGUGGGAAGAGUUUCAGUGUACAGAGUAGUCUCCAAAGACACCAGCGCAUUCACACAGGCGAGAAACCAUAUUAUUGCUCAGAGUGUGGGAGGAGUUUUACUCGACAGAGCCAUUUCCAAGCACAUCAGCGCAUCCACACAGGAGACAAACCGUAUUACUGUUCAGAGUGCGGGAAGAGUUUUAAAGAUGGAAGUUCCCUCACAACACACCAGCGCAUUCACACAGGAGAGAAACCGUAUCACUGCUCGGAGUGUGGGAAGAGUUUUUCUCAGAAGAAUAGUUUGCAAACCCAUCAGCGCGUUCACACAGGAGAGAAACCGUAUCUUUGUGCACACUGUGGGAAGAGUUUUACUGUACUUAGUAAUCUCCAAACACACCAGCGCAUCCACACAGGAGAGAAACCUUAUGAUUGCUCAGAGUGCGGGAAGAGCUUCACACGUCAGAAUCAUCUCCAAAAACAUCUGCGUGUUCACACAGGAGAAAAACCGUAUCACUGCUCAGAGUGUGGGACGAGUUUUACUGCACAGAGUAGCCUCCAAACACACCAGCGCAUUCACACAGGGGAGAAACCGUAUAAUUGCUUAGAGUGUGGGAAGAGCUUUAAUCAGCAGAGUAGUCUUCAAAAACAUCAGCGCAUUCACACAGGAGAAAAGCCGUAUCAUUGCUCGGAGUGUGGGAAGAGUUUCAGGCAUUCAAAUACUUUAAAGACCCAUAAAUGUGCUAAGGAGGGGGAGACAGCUCAUGAUAUGAGUUUGUCUAAUCAAGAAACCUGAUUUUUCUUAUAACGUAGGGUGUCAUGAGUUAUGUAACCUCAAAUCAAGUCAAGCGGUUUUUGUCAUUCCUCAA